GCAAUGUUUGCCAUCUACUCACCAAACGAACUGCGUUAGAAAAGUUAAAUAUCACACACGGUUAUCAUAGUCUCCGACUGUGUGUGUUUUGUCACUUAAUGCCAAUUAGCUUUGCGGAUAGCUGAUGAAUACCGUUGAAAUGAAUGGCAACAAGUUGGUUUGUUUGUUUGUUUGUUUGUUUGUUUGUGGGUGGGUGGUGUAGGCCUAUGCCUACGGUGCUUUCGACUAGCUAAGCUAAGUGACACUGUUCUUCAAUGGAUUUGUCACUCCCGAUGGAUUUAACUACGUGGAUGGAGAGCCUGGAAUCCUUAGCUAGGUGCCACGCACUUGAUUUGCUAAUCGGCCAGUGCUCGUUUUCCCCUGUGGCUAGUAUUAAACUUAGAUUAUUUUACAGGCAGCUGGCAGUUGGCUAACGACAGCUGUUCUCAGAUUUGGAUGCCUAGCUAACGGUGUCAGAAUGUAUGAUUACCAUGUUGUGGUAAACCAUACAAAAUCUUUUUUAUUUUAGUAGGCUAUCGAAAUCAACUUGCGGAAAAUAACUACAUGGCUGAUGAAACACAUGGCUGCACUGGAUGUUUUUCAAGUGUCUUAAUUUUAGAGUCUUAAUGGUGUUGAAAUUGUUGAGGCAUUUGUGAAUUUCCUUCUCGGUUGUGCAUUUAAGGCUCAAAUGAAGGUCAGACCUCAGAACUUUGCCAUUCAGCUACCACAUAGAAGGGCAUUCAUAAGCUAUGAAAUUUGGGAAAUCAACGAGAAUGCAAAUAAGUUAUAGUAAGUUUCAGCCACAUGACAGCACAUAAUCACACCCUUCCUCUAUAUCGAAUUCCAGUGUGUUCUAACAUUGGAUGAUCAGAGCUUGAAGACUUGCCUACUACUUGGUAAACAGAAAGUUAGCAAAGAGGUGUUGUACUGUAUCAGUGUGCAUCAGUGUACCAAGGAAGAAGUGAUGCCGAGGUGGACAUACAGACAGGGAAAAGCAAGAAAAGUGAACACUGCUGCAGUCGGAUAAACCAGAACGCCACCCUCUGGAAUGAACAGAUUGAAGUAGUGGUGUGCUGUUAUUUGUGCUUCAGCAUGGCAGUCGUCAUCCGUUUACAGGGACUGAGGGUCACAGCCGGUUCUGAGGAUAUUCGCAAGUUCUUCACCGGCCUCAAAAUACCAGAUGGAGGGGUGCAUAUAAUUGGUGGGGAUCGAGAGGAAGCUUUCAUUAUCUUUGCUUCAGAUGAAGAUGCAAGAAGAGCCAUGACUCGAUCAGGGGGUUGCAUUAAGGAUUCACCUGUUACAUUGCUUCUCAGUAGUAAAGCAGAGAUGCAGAGCAUGCUUGAAAGAAGUACAAAAAAUGUAGAGCUGGAUCAAAGGAGGCGAUUUGAGGAAAAUGCAAGACGUGGCAGAAGAUCUUUGGGCCCUGAGGUGGGAAGGAGAUCAGAUAGCAGAUCGGGUCAUACCCCUCCCCCUCAUUACCAGAGGAUUUCAAACAGUAAUGAUGACUUCUUGUGUGUGUUUCUAAAAGGAAUGCCCUUCUCUGUGACUGAAAAAGAAGUACGUGACUUUUUCAGUGGUUUACUUGUUGAUGAAAUAAUCUUAUUGAAAAAUGAAUAUGGUGCAAACAAUGGGAAGGGUCUUGUAAAAUUUGCAACAAGAGAGGAUGCAAGCGAAGGCCUUAAGAGGGAUAGGAGAUACAUUGGGUCAAGGUAUGUCGAGGUGUCAAUGACAACAGUAGUCGAUUGGCAUCGGGCUACUGCUAGAGUACCAAUGGUUGUCAACAGGGAAGGCAACUUUGAAAGGGAUAGAUCACCAAUUCGCAGUCAGAGGAAUCUACAACAUCAUGCAAGAUCCCAAUCACCUUUGGCCGAGAGAUCCAUUGCUCCUUCUGACGAGUACUGCGUUUUGCUCGACAAUCUAUCCUAUGCAGUGGGAAAAGGAGACAUAAAAAAGCUUUUUCAUCAUUCAAAGCUUGAGGAUGACCAGAUCCUGCAGUUGAUUGGCAAAGAUGGGAGAAGAACCAGAUCUGCAUUUGUCCUUUUCAAAAAUCAACGUGACUAUUGUGAUGCUUUAACUCAUGAAAAAAGACCAUUUUUCAAUCGAAUGGUUUGUACCCGCCCAAUCUCUAGAGAGAGCAUGAUCACCCUUCUGGAGUCUCACUGCAUGGAUGCUCGACCUCCUGGAAAAUCUGAACGGUUUCAGGAGACGCCUCCAUCUUACCCCAGUGAUCCUUAUGACACUGAGAAAGUGUGUCUGUUUCUGCGGAACCUGCCAUUUGAUGUAAGGAAAGUUGAGAUCAUGGACUUCUUCCUUGGGUUUAAUAUCACUGAGGACAAGGUGUUCUUGCUGCUUGACCAUAAAGGUGCUGGGGUGGGGAAGGCUUUGGUUCUCUUCCGGUCUGAGGCAGAGGCUAUGAGAGCACUCUCUCUCAAUGGACGACGGUUUCUUGGGUCAGAAGUGAUUCUAAAAUGCAUUUCACGUUCUCAAAUGCGACAGUUAGGUGUUGAGCCACCAAUGUUGCAAGAGCCACUUCCCCAAGAGGAGCAGUACUCAGGCAGGAGCAGUGAGGCAUCCUAUCGCCCUGGUGACGGUGACGGUGACAAUGACUACUCUGACCUUAGGAUGGCUCAUGAUGGUAAUAUAUCAGAUACUAAUGUACAGGCUAAAGUUCACAGAGGCUGUGAUUAUGAGCCUUAUGAAGUGGGCUCUUGUGCUCCUCAUGACAGGGAUAAUGGUGUUCGUAGCGACUUUGGCACCUCGUUGCAGCAUUUUGGUGGUCCCACCUGUGUAAAGUUAGUCAACUUACCAUUCCAAAUCAGAAGUGAAGAAAUCUAUGACUUUUGCUAUGGAUAUCGCAUUAUCCCUGGAUCUGUCUCACUACAGUAUGACCAGAGUGGAAAACCUAAAGGCUCUGCGACUGUAGUAUUUGAGUCUCGUCAGGAGGCCUUAACAGCAGUGGAGGAGCUGAGUGGAAGGCCAAUAGGUCCAAGAAAAAUAAAGCUACUGUUUGUUUGAAAACGACAUUGUUUUCAUGCCACUAACAUGCCCCAGCAGCAUGGUUUGGACAUAUACACAAUGUUGGUUUAAACAAACUUAAUUUAAGGGAAGCAUUUCCCUUUUCUUCCUCUUUUUGAUUUGAUGUGGCAUGGGUUUAUUGUACACAGUGAAUUUUGUUUUUAUUUGUAUUUGUUGUAUUGUGAUAAGGCAACAUAGUUAGACUAAAUAUGGGUUUUGUAUAUAAUACUCAUCUUAAAGUGAAAUACUUGGUUUGAUUUUCUCAUUGAAAUAUUUUUUUUUAUUCAUGUUUUAAAACUGUUAUUUCACUUUACUAUUUGUGGUUAUACAAAGUGUAUUUUUUAUAAAAACAUCUUAAAACUAAUUCUUAGUUUUUCUUCACAAAUCUGUCACCUACAGUGCAAACAAAUUUAGCUUGCUGACAUAAACCUGUAAAUAAAGGGUUGUCUGUGUUCAUGAUUGAGUGUUUAGUUGGGAUAUACAGUAUUUGCCUUUCAUAAAAAAUCCAUCAGUUUAAGAGAGAAACUUUAAAAAACAAUAAGGAAACGAAUAGUGACCUCUGAGAAUGUAUGAUGUGUAUUUUAGAUAUUACCGCUUCCUCUGAUAUAAAAAUUGUUCAACACAGCAACAGGUGUAGCAUUCUAUUGGAUUACUUAUGAGAUAGAGUUUGACAGUGAAAACUACAGUGAUGCCAGAACAUACAUAAUUAUGCCUUGUCUUUGGGUGUAGAGCAGAGAUUUUUAUUUAAAAUCAUAAACCUAACAAAAUUUAACAUAUAGUGACACUUAAAAGUAUGGUAGAUUUAUUUGCAUGAAAUUAUUCAGUUUAUUAGUUAAUGGUUCAACAUUUGAUUUUUAAAUUGAACAUUUUAGCAGCCCAUGAAAGAUAUUAGUGCUUGGAUUUAAGUAGAACGAGGGUCAUAAAUUAACCCCAGGGCAAGGACCUCAGGAUCCAUUGAAGACCUAUAUGUGUCAUAAUUGCAACAAACUCUUGUUGGUGAAUGCGGGGGCGAAUUUUAACAAAAUUUCUUCUCAAAAAAAGCGAAUGCAGCUCGAUAGCAUUUCUGAUUUCCACGACGUCACUAGGGCACGUUGAAAAAAGUAUUGAUGUAUAAGUCAGCCACAUUAUUUAC